CGCCAUUUAGAAACGUUCAUCCGUUUUGGACAUUGAGUUAGUUUUUAUUUAAAAAUACAGACUUUAUAUUAUUUAGGUGAACUCAGACACUUGGACAUUGUGCUGUGAAACUAAUGUGAUUAAUUUUGAUAUUUUCGUAAUUAAAGACUUGACCUAGUGCACAAUUUUAGAAUAUCGUGGCCAAUGUCAGCAGGCGUGUCAGAUCAGCGGAUGAAAGGGCAAGGGAAUCAAGUAACAAAUGCACCGAAAGAGCAACAGUUAGAGAGUGGCGGAGACGAGUUGGCGGAGGUGUCAUGGCGUCAUCAACAGCAACCCUCGUAUGCACCACCCAUCUCGUCAGCAGCCGACCCCUACAGCGCGGCAGGUUAUUACGGUACAACAGCUCUUCCUUACCAAGCUUUUGGAGUCGGGGAUGGGACAUGGUCCGCCAAUGGAACAGACCCGAUGACUUUCCUCGGAGGAUACAAUCCUCACGAUUCUUAUGGAAUGGAUGGUAGUGUUUUUGGCCCUUCAACUACACCAUUCUCAACGGCUGCCUUCAGUCAGCCGGCUUCUACUUUUAACUAUUUUCACGGUAACGGUGACUACUCCACGUGGGGUCAAUUAGGACGCGCGAAAUAUGACGAUUACUACAGAACAGACGGACUGUACGUGCCCGACGGCAUCAAGGCGGUCGAGAGCGGCGUGCAAGCGAUCGCGCUCGGCGAACACAAAGCGGAGAAAGACCGCAUGCCCGAGCUCAAGGACGUUUCGAGUGGAUCGCAACCUAAAAAGAUGACGUGGGCGUCGAUAGCCAGUCAGCCGGCGAAGCCCGCGCCGUCUUCGCAGAGUGUGGGGUUGAAGAAAAAGGGCCCCGGUAUGCCACCACCGCCCAUCGUGCCUGGAAAGCACAACAUGGAUAUGGGUGCGUGGGAUGCGGGGAAGAGUGCUCCGGUGGUGACGGCGCCGCCUCCGCCGCAGCUGCAGCCGCCGCCGGUGCCGGCGCAGUUGCAAAUGGCGGCGCCGGCACCCGCCCCUGCGCAUGCUCCGAUGACACGCGGCCCCCCGCCGCAGCACCAGCCGCCACCAUCAUGGGCGCCACGUGCUCCGCCGCCUAUGCAGCCGCACCCGCAGCAUCAGACCCACCAGCCGCGGCCGCCGAUGCCCGCGCCGCCAGUCGCCGUCCCUCCACCGGCCCCGCCCGCAGGACCCAUACCGCAUCCUGUGCUAGACGAACUCCGUGUCAAAAAUGAUUACAACCCUAAAGAUUUCGAUCUGACCGCUCCGCUCGCUAGAUUUUUCGUAAUAAAAUCCUACUCUGAGGAUGAUAUUCAUCGUAGUAUCAAAUACGAGAUCUGGUGUAGCACCGAACAUGGCAAUAAGAGGCUGGACGCGGCGUUCCGCGAGCGCGAGAGGGAGGGCGGCGCCGUCUAUCUCUUCUUUUCCGUCAACGGUAGUGGACAUUUUUGCGGAAUGGCCCGUAUGACGAGCGCGGUAGAUUACAAUUCUAAUUCGAGCGUGUGGUCGCAGGACAAGUGGAAGGGACAGUUCCGCGUUAGGUGGAUAUAUGUUAAGGACGUUCCGAAUGUGGAACUUCGUUAUAUCAAAUUAGAGAAUAAUGAAAACAAGCCCGUGACGAAUUCUCGUGACACCCAGGAGGUGCCGCACGCGAAAGGGUUGCAGGUGUUGCGUAUCAUGCAUAGUUACUGUCAUUCUACGUCGAUCUUCGACGACUUUAUUCAUUACGAGAGGCGUCAAGAAGAGGAAGACUCGCGUAAGGUGCCGCACCAUAAUAACCAGGACAAUAAUCGGGAGGAACACGAAGGUGGGCGUGGUUAUAGGAACUAUCGGGAUUUCCGAGAUCACCGAGAUGGACGAGACGGUAGAGACGGACGCGAUCACCGUGAUGGUCGUGACGGCAGGGACGGUCGUGAUGGCAGAGAUGGUCGUGAAGGUCGUGAUGGCAGAGAUGGUCGUGAAGGUCGUGAUGGACGUGACGGCCGUGAUAUUGGUCGUGACGGACGAGACCAUCAUCGUGAAGGGCGGGACCCGCGCGAUCGUGACCACCGUGAUCAUCGAGACCAUGAUGGCAGAGACAAUCGGGAUCAUGGCUACCGUGAUCGUGAUAACUAUAGGCCACAUCAUAAGGAUCGCGAUGGCUCCCGCGGCCGCGGGCGUCCUCGCAAUUAAUUCUACCGUUUGAGGGCUGGCUUCUCUCCAUAGACGACUAGUACUCGAGUGAUUAAUAAUUGGCACCGUAUUAUAUAGAUGUAUGAAUAUCGACAUAUACAUACACAGGAAAUGAGGAUUAUGUCAUAAACAAACGUAACCACCUGAUGUUACGUUAAAAUCUGAACAAUUAUAAUGUAUCAUAGAGUAUUGAUUGUUUUAACAGUGCAACGCAAAAAAAACUCUCAUGAAAUUAAAAUGUGCAAAGAAUUUGUACUAGAAGAACGUUUUAUUAAAUAAAUACAUAGUGAACCGAACAUUGAUUAAAUAACAACAUUAAAUAUGUGUCAGUUUUGUGUCGCAUGAUGUUGUGUGCAAUUGUGGACUUUGUUUCAAAUUUGUGGACUGAAUCAAUGAAAUAUACUAAUUUUUAUAACUAGGAAAUUCUGUGGUGAGAGGAGUUGAUCCUUUUAUUGUGGACUGGUGAAGUUAAUAUUUCAACACCAAUGUUGCGAGCUGACUGAGUGUAGUGUUAAAAAAAUAUACCACAAUCAAGUGUUAAAAAAAAAAUGUUAACGUAUCACAGUGGUGUGUGAUUUAUUGUAAUUUUGUAUUGCAGACAUAAUUGUAAUCAGAUGGGGGGUGUGGAAAUUUUGUAUACAUUUUUUUUAUUGUCAUUUUAGAACAGAUGUGGUAUUCUCUCGUGGCAUUGUUUCAGUUCCGUUUAUUACCUUGUAUAUAAUUUUGUGUAUAAUUGAGGAGCUUGGAAGUCACCUUUUUAUCUUACAUGCCCCAUAUUCAUUUUGUGGCACAUCAUUUCUCACUACAGGAGAGAAUAGAAUAGUGUCAAGUUCCUCAACUAUACCUUAAAAGCGACAAACAAAUAAUGAUUUUAAUAUGUUAUGAAUUUCCGAUGUACUUAUCAUGUUAUACUGAAUCAUUAUUACUUUGAAAAUAACAACAUUAUAUUUCUAUGAUCUGCUAAUAUUAUUAUAUCAACCUGUGUCAAAAAAUUUCAUAUU